GGGAGCGACCGCAGCCCGUUUUGCCCAGGGCACCGCGGCCGGCCAUGAGCUGAGGCGCCGCGGCCUCCUAGCGCUCUCCGCGAGGGGCCGCGGUUGCCCGGGCGGAGCGGGGGCCCUCAGGGUGGCCUUCGCGACGACGACCAGGGCAUCAUGGUCUAUUUGGAGGACUUCGAGGAGUUCCAGGCCGCCUCGCAGAGCCUGUUCGCGUCGGACCCGCUGAAGACGAGGUACCUCAUAACGUACAAGCAUAGCACGCACAGGGUCGUGCUGAAGGUCACCAACGACAUAGUCUGCUUGAAGUACAAGACUAAGGACAUCGCCAAUCUCAAGCUCGUCGAGAGGUUUACCCAGAAGUUCGCGAGGUGGUGCGUGACUGAGGACAUGGAGAAGCUGGACGAGGAGGACGCGGAGCUCGCGGACGCGAAGGAGGCAUCCAGGGCGGCCACCGCCAAGAGGAAGCGCCGCAAGGUCAAAGGCUGAGGGUUGGCGCCCGAGCGCAGCUCUCUGUAGGGGUGGGGUCUUGUGGGCCGCCCAAUCGCGGCCUUAGCGCGUGGGUGCGGAGGGUCGCGCCGCACCGCCGAUCUUUCUCUCAACCCCGACGUCGCUGAUGCAUCGCCACUGCAUCGGCGAUGCUGCGCGAUCCUCCAGCCCUGCGUGCUCCAGCCUCCGGACGUGGAGAGAGAGAGAUGGCAGACCCACGGCCCUGGACAGGAGCGUGGCCGUCGAGCCAGCCCCUGUCCACUUCGUGGGCCUGCAGUGCAGGCAAAUGCAGGCGGUGGCUCCCGACUACUGUCAGAGCGCAA